AUGGUCGAGAGUGUGUGCGCCUUACUAGAUGAAAGAAAGUUGUGUAGAACUCGUAGAGUUAGGUGCUUGAAUCCAGAGCUCAGUGGUUCCAAAAAAAUUGUUGAUUUGAACUCACUGGACCGGACGACAAAUGUGGCUAGUGUUGGAAACUUAUGCAGCCGUAAUUAUGCAAUGGAUAGACUCAACCAUUUAAAUGGAAGUAAAACAUCAAUAGCGGAUAUAUCUGAUGCAGUAAACAGCAUGACUAGAGUUUCGGAUGGUGGCAAGAGGUGUGAUAGUGGCGAUGAAGAUAGUGUUAAUAAGGAGAGCUCUAGUCGAAAGAGGAAGAGAGAGUCUAUGUCAGAAAUGCUGCACUGGAUUCUUGAUAGGGCUGAGAAUCCUUGUGAUCCUGCAAUGGGUUCAAUGCCCGAAAAGUCAAAGUGGAAGUCAUAUGGUAGUGAAGAGAUCUGGAAGCAGGCUUUGUUGUUCCGGGAAGCUGUAUUUCUGAAAAGUGAUCACCAUCGUUGGCAGGGUCAAAGGAUGCAUCCUUGCAUGUAUGAUGAUCAGGUCGGGGCAAACUACAAUCUUAGGGAGAGAUUGAAAACGGACAAGAAAUCAACAUCUGGUGAUGGCUCUUCACAUGCUGGAGGAACAGAGGGAAGUUCCGGUAGAAGUCCAACUCCUCGUUCUAGUGCUGAGAAAUGGUCACUUGAUGAACCUGCCACCGUGCCCAUUCCUAUUGGCCCGGCCCAUCAAGCUGAAGUUCCUGAAUGGACUGGCAUGGCUGUUGAGAGUGAUUCAAAAUGGUUUGGAAACCAAAUAUGGCCAGCAGCAAAGGUAAAUACCAAUCUUAUCGAAAGGGAUCCCAUUGGAGUUGGAAGAAAAGAUUCAUGUGGCUGCCAAUUUCAAGGUUCUGUUGAGUGUAUCCAAUUUCAUGUUGCUCAGAAAAGGGCUAAACUUAAGCUAGAAUUGGGUGAUGCAUUUUACAUGUGGAAUUUACACAAGACAGGGGAAGAUGUUAGGGGAUUGUGGACCAAACACGAAGAGAAGAAGUUUAAGGAUGUGGUGAAAGCAAACCCUCUUUCACAUGAGACAUGUUUUUGGAAACAAAUUUUCAAAUCGUUUCCUACAAAGAGCAGGGAAGAUUUAGUGAGUUACUACUUCAAUGUCUUCCUCUUGCAGCGAAGGGGAUACCAGGAUCGGGAUACUCCAAAUGACAUCAACAGCGAUGAUGAUGAAGCAGAAUAUAGACCAUUGAAGAAUUCUUUCGGACAUAACACAGAUAACCCUCGCACUACCUUAUUAUCGCCUAAGAAGCCUAAGACAAAGGGAAGAUAG